AUGUUACCUGGAACCUCAGAAGUGCCUACCAAACCACACCAACGAAUCAUUCCUUCUCUUCAUGAAUUAUUGCAUGGAGGAACAGACAAUCAUCAUGAUGAAAACAACAUGCCUUUGAAUCGAAACGAUGCCGAGCAGCAACCUCUAUCCAAAGCCCAAAAAAGUCAAGAACAGGAUCUUCCAAGCAUGUUUGCUCACGGCAGCAAUUACUACUCCACCACUCCAACUUUUAGCACUACUUCAGGCAUGCUGGGUCGCCCCUGGUACCAUGACGAAAUCAAAGUAGGUCAAACAACCACCUUCAACCAUCAUCAGGUACCAAUCCGCAACCAUACAAGCAACCACAUGGAUCUUCACUAUCAACAGCCACCACCACCUCCACCACAAAUGAAAUCAUUAUCCGCACCAACAACUGCUUCUACACAUGAUGAUCGAACAUCCAUGCCUGGGAUCUCUCCAGUGACCCACCGAGAGAAUCAAAAAUCCAUCUAUUCAGCAACACCAAUGGCAACAACAACAACCACAUUACAGCAUUCAUCAUCCUCUUCGACAUCCAUGCGCCAACCACCAACAACCACAUUACAGCAUGCACAACAACCAUCAUCAUCCUCCACUCCUCAUGAUGUUGACAACGAACCAUUGAGAAGAAGAAUUGAAGAAUUAGAACGAGAAUUGCAACAUCAAGCUAAAACCAUUAUGAACUUGGAAAGAGAAAACUCUGAAUUGAGAAGAGAGUUGCAACAUGUCCUGUCAACAGCACGAUCUUCCAAUACUCCAACUUCCUCCAAUAACAACAACAACCCGACAACCACUGCUAAGGGUUCAACAUGUUCGAUUUCGCCUCCUCUUCUUCCACCUCCAUUACUUGCAUCCACCACACAUUCAAGAUCCAUACCACCAACUCCUCCUCCUCUUUAUCGAUAUGAGACCUCAUCAAGCCCCUAUUCUCGACAAACUCAAACAUCCGUCAGUAACAUGUUGGAUCAGCAGCAACAUGCAUUUCCAUCCAUGAAGCAUGUACAGCAGCAAGAGCCAUACAACAGUGAGGAUCAAACACAAAAGAAAGUGCCACAUGAAGCGAGUCAAACCUCAAACAUUCAUAAUGUCAAUGUGGUGGAUCCGAGUAAGCAUGCUCUUCAUCCUGUCCUUUCACAACAUCAUCAAGAAGACUCACAUAUCGAUCAUUAUAUUCAUUAUUCGAGCAGCUCGUUGCAUGAUCGAUACCAUCGUACAUCUCAAGAACCAUCAUCAUCGUUCCUGACUCCUCCAUACUAUUCCAAUAAUGAAUACUAUUCAUCCUUAAUUAGAACUCCAACUUUCAACAACAGCAGACAUUUGACUCAAGAGGAAAUGCAUGCUCCUGCAACCACAACAUCACCUUUUCAAGCAUCCAUGAUGAGUUCUCAACCAAAAGUACAACAACAUUUGAAACGACCAUUGCAUGAUCCACCUAUUCCAACAUUUAGUACUCCUCCGACCACAUUUGCACGUUCCUCAAAAACACACUCAUCUUCUUCCUCUCUGCAUGCAUCCACCACACAUUUAUCAUCUUCAAAAAAGAGAAAAAUUACAAAAACUCCUCAGGAAGCAAAACCAGGUCCGAGAACCAUUUCCAUUGUGGAUGAAUCAUCGGAUCGAGAAAAUCAAGUAUCGGAUUUGGAGCUCUUUAAGGUCAAGUGGAAAGGAGAAGAAUAUGUCUUGGUGAAUGCCUUCAAAAAUCGUACUCAGAUAUUGAAUUACUAUGUACCGGCCUAUCAAAGUCAAUAUCCAGAUAGGCCUUGCAAAAUUGUUUUAAGCAAUGAGGAUUAUAAGCAACUUUCGAUUGAAAAUCCUUCAAAUGUUGAAAAGAAGAAGCAUGCUUGGCGAGUUUCAGUAUUUACAAUUGAUUUUUAUAAUUUUGUAAAGAAUUUACAAAAAUCUCCAUCAUCUUCUGUGAACAACAACAAAGUGAAUGCAAACAUGGCAUCUUCUUCUUCUACAACCACCUCCAAUAUACUCUGA